UUUUGUUUUUUAUGUGCGUAGAUUGCAUAUUUUAAUAGUUUAUGGGUUACGGGCAUGUUGUUAAGGCAUUUCAUGCAAUGCAUAUGUACUUCGGUUAAACUGUACUCCAUGGGACUUCGUUUACUUUUGAUGAAUAAUGCCAAAAUCUAUAGUUUAAGAAUAGUCACAGCAUCUUAAAAUAAAGUUAUGAUAAGUUUUGCUUUUGGCAUUUUCAUAUUGCAAUUAUGUGGUUAUGAAUUUUACUUGGCCCCACAGGGAAGUAAGUAUAUGUAUAACAUAAUUGGAUUAAGAUAGUAAGUUAGACAAUAAAAGUUUAGAUGUCAUUAACCCACAGGUAUGAGAUCUUUUCUUUUAAGUGUUUGCUUACUAGUCUUAUACUAAAAGAAAUUAACGAGUCUAAUGCAUGUCGCAAUCUUUACCCACAGGAAGAUUUAGAUUUGUUACUGAAUUUAACAUUGGUUGGUUCAGAUUAAGUUUAUUACUUCAAAGCAUUGAUAUUCGUACGUAUUCUUGGUUAAUAUUGCAGUUGGUACUACCUCUUUAAUGUCUAGUGAGUCUUCUUGUAUUCUGUUCUUAAGUGGUGAACAUUUUUCGGAGUGGAAGGACAAAGUCCUUUUGGCAUUAGGGUGUAUGGAUCUCGAUUUAGCAAUUCGUGAGGAUGAACCACCAAAGCCCACGAACGAGAGUUCAAUUGCGGUUAGGGUUGCCUAUGAACUUUGGGAGCGAUCUAAUCGCUUAAGUUUGAUGCUUAUAAAGACUCAUAUCAGUUCUAGCAUCAGAAACUCGAUCCCGUCAUGCGACAAGGUAAAGGACUACAUGAAGGCUAUUGAAGAGCAGUUUGUUAGUUCUGAUAAGGCAUUCGCAAGCACCCUAAUGAAUAGGUUAUCAGGAAUGAAACACAACAGUUCUAGGAGUGUGCAUGAACACAUUAUGGAAAUGAGGGACAUCGUGGCUCGCCUGAAGUCCUUGGAGAUUGAGAUAUCUGACUCAUUCCUUGUUCAUUUCAUACUCGAUUCUCAUCCUGCUGAGUUUGGACCAUUCAAAAUUUCUUACAACACACAUAAGGAAAAAUGGUCCAUCAAUGAACUUCUUACCAUGUGUGUUCAAGAAGAGGAGAGGUUGAAGCUUAAGAUUAUAGAGAGUGCUCAUUUUGGGACACAGAAAGUUGAACAAGGAAAGAAAGGCAAGAAUGGUCCAAUUCUGAAGAAGAUUGGAAAACAAUCUUUUAAGCGUCAUGGCAAAAAGGAUGCUUGUUUCUUCUGCAAGAAAAAAGGACACAUGAAGAAGGAUUACUCCAAGUAUAAGGACUGGCUUAAAAAGAAAGGGAUUUCUCAGCUUAAGGAAACCGACGGGAAGUGAACAAGGCAUCUACUCUGGAAAUGGGAUGCGUUCGCACGUUGAAGCUGUGGGAACUUUUAGACUAGUUUUAGAAAGUGGUUUUGUUUUAGAUCUUGUAAACACAUUUUACAUUCCAUCGUUUUCUAAGAAUCUGAUUUCUGUAUCUAAACUAGUACCGUAUGGUUUUGAGUUUAAAUUUAGUGGACCACAUUUUUAUUUUAUUAUAGAUUCUUCAAUUGUUGGUUCUGGU